AUGGCCAACACCACAGGGCUGAACACCUCAGAAAUCGCAGGCUCAGUGGGGUUGAUCCUGGCGGCCGUCGUGGAGGCAGCAGCCCUGCUGGGCAACGGCGCGCUGCUGGUCGUGGUGCUGCGCACGCCGGGACUGCGCGACGCGCUCUACCUGGUGCACCUGUGCGUCGUGGACCUGCUGGCGGCCGCCUCCAUCAUGCCGCUGGGCCUGCUGGCCGCGCCGCCGCCCGGGCUGGGCCGCGUGCGCCUGGGCCCCGCACCGUGCCGCGCGGCGCGCUUCCUCUCCGCGGCGCUAUUGCCCGCCUGCACGCUCGGGGUGGCGGCGCUCGGCCUGGCGCGCUACCGCCUCAUAGUGCACCCGCUGCGGCCCGGCGCGCGGCCUCCGCCCGGCCUGGUGCUCACCGCUGUGUGGGCCGCCGCGGGGCUGCUGGGCGCGCUCUCCCUGCUCGGGCCGCCGCCCGCGCCGCCCCCGGCCCCCGCGCGCUGCUCGGUCCUAGCGGGCGGCCUCGCGCCCUUCCGGCCGCUCUGGGCGCUGCUGGCCUUCGCGCUGCCCGCCCUCCUGCUGCUCGGCGCCUACAGUGGCAUCUUUCUCGUGGCGCGCCGCGCGGCCCUGCGGCCCCCGCGGCCCGCGCGCUUCUCCCGGCCGCGCUCCGACUCUCUGGAUAGUCGCCUCUCCAUCCUGCCGCCGCUCCGGCCUCGCCUGCCUGGGGGCAAAGCCGCCCUGGCCCCGGCGCUGGCCGUGGGCCAGUUUGCAGCCUGCUGGCUGCCUUACGGCUGUGCGUGCCUGGCGCCCGCCGCGCAGGCUGCAGUGGCCGAGGCGCCCGUCACCUGGGUGGCCUACUCGGCCUUCGCGGCUCACCCCUUUCUGUAUGGCCUGCUGCAGCGCCCCGUGCGCAGGGCACUAGGUCGCCUCGCCCGUCAGGCACUGCCUGGGCCCCCGAGGGCCUGCGCUCCGCGGACCUGGCACCUGCGGGCGCUUCUGCAGCACCUCCCGGGCAGGUCACAGAGCCCUGCCCUGGGCCCUUCCGAAGCACCAGAACAAGCCCCAGAUUUGCCAAGAGGGGAGAGCCUGAGCAUGCCAGGGGCCACCUGA